GACUGUAAAUGACAUUUAUGAUCAUUAUCUCCCAAAGGUCACAUAGAGCAUAGUAGGAAAACUUCUCAUCUCUGUGGGCGCGUGAAGGUCACUGUCGCCUGCUUCUGCGCGGUUGCCCUAGUUCUUUGGUCCUUUCUCUCUCCACAAGGACGGGUAACUCGACAGGUUCUCGCAGGUCGUGCAUGGCGACUUCUGUUCAUAAUAAGAAACGGCCAGCCCUUGCGCCUCCACCUCCUCCUCUGGGACCUGAUUCCCCACUGUUCAUGGCAUAUGCCGACCCCCCCUCCCUCACUCUCUUGCCUGAUCAGCUUCGCCAUUGCUCCGAAGGCCUCGCCUUGCUCAAGAAGAAGAUACAAACCCCUUUCAAGCUAAACCAGGAGUUCGAUGCCUUACAGGCAAACAGGUUAAGAAAGAGUGAUAUGUUACGAAGGUGCCAAGUGGCUCUCCAAGAAGCUAAUGCCAACAAAAACCGCUAUGGAGAUGUCUUACCAUUCGAUGAUUCAAGGGUUGUUCUCAAUCAAAAUCGGAAUAACAAGUCUUCUGGAAGUGGUUAUAUCAAUGCUAGUUUUGUUACGAAUACUUCCUGUGAAAGACUGCCACAGUUUAUAGCCACCCAGGGACCUCUACCAGAAACUUUUGAGGACUUUUGGGAGAUGGUAAUCCAAUUCCAUUGCCCUGUAAUUGUAAUGCUCACUCGGUUGAUUGAUAAUUACAAGGUACUUCAUUGUGUCAGAUUCAAGAUGGUGAAGUGUGGUGAUUAUUUUCAAGCAGACAAAGGAUCUAGAGAAUUUGGAAAAGUUUGUGUUACUACUAAGUGCAUGAAGACUAGUGAUAACUCUUUAGUAUUGCGCUGCAUGGAAGUCAAGCACAAAGAGCAGUUGGAUGAAAUCUCGCACCAAGUUUUACACAUUCAGUAUGCAGAGUGGCCCGACCAUGGGGUGCCAGAAGAUACCACAUCUGUUCGUGAAAUUUUGAAGAGGCUUUAUCACAUAGCUCCACAAUUGGGCCCCUUUAUUGUUCACUGCAGUGCUGGAAUUGGAAGAACUGGUGCCUUUUGUACAAUAUAUCACACAAUCCAGAGAAUUCUUGUUGGGGAUAUGUCGGCUGUGGAUCUUCAUGUAACCAUUAGCAACUUCCGAGAUGAGCGUAUUGGGAUGGUUCAGACACGAGAACAAUUCUUGUUCUGUUACUCUGUCAUAAUGGAUGAGUUAGAAGACCUCAUCUCAGGAAGUGGAGAACAGUGAUUUGUAGCCCAACGAUAAUCAAUGGUAUCCUAGAGCGGGCGAAACUAAUGCAAGUUCAUCUGCAUCCUGUUAUCUAUACUUGUUAGACAUAAAUUGACCACUUGUUAUCUGCUGAGAGCAAAAUUGACCACUUGUUAUCUGUAGAUUUGCAUUUUCAGGGUGUAUGUCCAGCCAAAUGUAUACCAUUCUCCUGUCCACCUGAGACGCAGGUACAUGAGAGAGAGAGAGGAGAGAGAGAGAGAGUGGGAGGUUUGUCGGAAUGAGAAAACAUACAGAGCUUCAAUGGGGUGCAUGCUCCCGCUGGAGCAAGCUUUGCACUUGGUCCCUCAAGAGAAAGCCCCACUUAAUCCGCAAUUUGAGAAAUCAUCUAUAUAAUUUAAAAAAGGAGAAAAAGUUAAUGAUUUUGAGCUCCUAAAUUUGCAUAGGAGAAUAUAUUAUUCAUGAAA